CCCUCCUCGCUUGCGCCCGGCACUGCACUCAAUGGAGGGGCGGACACUCCAGCGCUUCAUGCUGUCUAACUAGUGUAGGAAAACGGCUCCAUUCACCGCCGCCGAAAUGAAGUACAAGAAUCUUAUGGCAAGGGCCUUAUAUGACAAUGUCCCCGAGUGUGCUGAGGAACUGGCCUUUCGCAAGGGAGACAUCCUGACCGUCAUAGAGCAGAACACAGGGGGACUGGAAGGAUGGUGGCUGUGCUCCUUGCACGGUCGGCAAGGCAUUGUCCCAGGCAACCGGGUGAAGCUCCUGAUUGGCCCCAUGCAGGAGACCUCCUCUAGCCACGACCAGCCUGCGUCCGGACUAAUGCACCAGACCUUUGGCCAACAGAAGCUCUAUCAAGUGCCAAACCCACAGGCUGCUCCUCACGACACCAUCUACCAAGUACCACCUUCCUACCAGAGUCAGGGAAUUUACCAAGUACCCACUGGCCAUGGCAGCCAAGAACAGAGUGUAUAUCAAGUGCCACCAUCAGUACAGAGAAGCACUGGGGGGACCAAUGGUCCCCACUUAAGUAAAAAGGUGAUAACCCCAAUGAGGACAGGCCAUGGCUACGUGUACGAGUACCCAUCCAGAUACCAAAAAGACGUCUACGACAUCCCUCCUUCCCAUACCACUCAAGGGGUAUAUGACAUCCCUCCCUCGUCAGUGAAAGGCCCUGUGUUUUCAGUUCCAGUAGGAGAGAUAAAACCUCAAGGAGUGUAUGACAUCCUCCCUCCUAAAGGGGUAUAUGCCAUUCCACCUUCCGCUUGCCGAGACGAAGCAGGGCUCAAGGAAAAAGAGUAUGAUUUCCCACCUCCGGUGAGACAAGCUGGAAGGCCGGAAAUGAGGCCCGAGGGGGCUUAUGACAUCCCCCCAACCAACACCAAGCCAUUGGGGAAGGACCUUCCCAUCAAAUAUAACUGUGAUGUUCCAGGAGCUGCUGAAGCGGUGGCGCGGAGACACCCAAGCCUGCCCCUGAACUACCCGCCCCCGCCGCUGGGACCACCGAUGGCCGUUCAGAGCGAUGCCUAUGACGUUCCCCGGGGAGUCCAGUUUCUUGAGCCAGCAGCAGAAACUGGUGAGAAAGCAAAUCCGGAAGAAAGAGACGGUGUGUACGAUGUCCCUCUGCACAACCCCCCAGACGCUAAGGGCACGCGGGACGUGGUGGAUGGGAUCAACCGGCUGUCUUUCUCCAGCACAGGCAGUACCAGGAGUAACAUGUCCACGUCCUCCACCUCCUCCAAGGAGUCCUCCUUGUCAGCCUCCCCAUCUCAGGACAAAAGGCUCUUCCUGGAUCCAGACACAGCCAUCGAGAGACUUCACCGGCUCCAGCAGGCCCUGGAGAUGGGCGUCGCCAGCCUGAUGGCGCUGGUCACCACAGACUGGCGGUGUUACGGAUACAUGGAAAGACACGUCAACGAGAUACGCACCGCGGUGGACAAGGUGGAGCUGUUCCUCAGGGAGUACCUCCAUUUCUCCAAGGGAGCCGUAGCAAAUGCCUCCUGCCUCCCAGAACUCGUCCUCCACAACAAGAUGAAGCGAGAGCUCCAAAGAGUCGAGGACUCCCACCAGAUCCUAAGCCAGACCAGCCAUGACUUAAAUGAGUGCAGCUGGUCCCUGAAUAUCCUGGCCAUCAACAAGCCCCACAACAAGUGUGAUGACCUGGACCGGUUUGUGAUGGUGGCAAAGACAGUGCCAGAUGACACCAAGCAGCUCACCACAACCAUCAACACCAACGCAGAAUCCCUCUUCAAACCAGGCCCAGGCAGCUCACUUCUGAAGAAUGGGCCCGAGAGCAUCAUGAACUCAACUGAGUUCCCACACAGGGGCUCCCAGAUGCAGCUGCUGCCUGCUGGGGACCAGAAGGCCCAGGCCCACAGCAAGCCAUUGCCCUCAAGCCUGGGCAAGGACCAGCCACCUGACUGCAGCAGCAGUGAUGGCUCUGAGAGGAGCUGGAUGGAUGAUUAUGAUUAUGUCCACCUACAGGGUAAGGAGGAGUUUGAGAGGCAGCAGAAAGAGCUACUGGAAAAAGAGAAUAUCAUCAAACAGAACGAGAUGCAGCUGGAACAUCAUCAGCUGAGCCAGUUCCAGCUGUUGGAACAAGAAAUUACAAAGCCGGUGGAGAAUGACAUCUCCAAGUGGAAGCCCUCUCAGAGCCUCCCGACCACACGCAGCAGCGUGGGAGCUCAGGAUCGGCAGCUGCUUUGCUUCUACUAUGACCAGUGUGAGACCCACUUCAUUUCCCUUCUCAACGCCAUCGAUGCCCUCUUCAGUUGUGUCAGCUCGGCCCAGCCCCCGCGGAUCUUCGUGGCACACAGCAAAUUUGUCAUCCUCAGCGCGCACAAACUGGUGUUCAUUGGAGACACACUGACGAGACAAGUGGCUGCCCAGGACAUUCGCAACAAAGUGAUGAACUCCAGCAACCAGCUGUGCGAACAGCUCAAGACUAUAGUCAUGGCGACCAAGAUGGCGGCCCUGCACUACCCCAGCACUCCCGCCCUGCAGGAGAUGGUCCACCAGGUGACAGACCUGUCCCGGAAUGCUCAGCUGUUCAAGCGUUCUUUGCUAGAGAUGGCAACGUUCUGAGAGGAAGAGGAGGAAGAAGGGACUGAGCUAUCGGUUGCUAAGGAAAACUGGAAAUACUGUCUGGUUUUUGUAAAUGUUAUCUAUUUUUGUAGAUAUUUUAUAUGAAAGUGAAAUAUUUUAACAUUUUGUGAAUUAGACAACUUUCAGAAAUUCAGGGAGUGGGAGAGGAAAAUCUUUUUUUUUUUUUUUUUUUGCCAUGUGGUUCUUGGGUAUAGAUAUAAGCAUCUGAGACCUAAACUAUACAGAAACUGUCUACGUGCUCGUGUAUGCCUGUGUAUUCAUGUUUGUUUGUAGUUGUUUGUCUGAUACAUUCCAUUAAAAAAAUAUAUGAAUUAAGAAGCACCUUAGUAAGCACCUCCUAAUGCUGCAUUUUCUUUUAAUUUUUAGAAAACAAACCAUCUAGUUCUAAUAUUGCUCUGCAUGACUAGAGAUGAUUCUGAGCCUGGCACUUCAAAUCCUGGGAAGUGUAGUAUAUUUGCAUGUGUUCAGCCCUGAAAUAAUGGGGCAUGGGUGGCAUGGCCUGUCCAUAUUUUGAAACCCCUUUGAAAUUGACCACCUUGAACACAUUAUGGCAAAAUGCUCCACUUCCGGUGGAAACAGCCCUCUUGGAGAGCAAGUUUCAGAAAGUAUAUGUUAAUCUAAGCUACAAUGUUUCAGCUGCUGGAAAGAGGAGAGACACACGUAUAGGACUGGGUUGUUUCAGCUCUGAGAAGAAGUCACAAUAAAAGGAGAGUGCUUGUUUCCUUGGGGCUAUUUGAUCUUGUGCAUUUGCAAGUGAUUCAAUCAUGAGGUUUUCCAAAGGAUGUUUUUCAGAGUUGUAAAAACCCUAUUAUAUGCAGCAGGAAUUUGUAAAGACACAUCAGACUGGUCUGUCCACAAAAUAAAAGGAUGGUUUCAUCUGCCAGUUGUAAGCAGAGGCCUUUCUGACUCUUAAUACUCAUUUAGGUGCUAUUACCCCCAUUACUUGAGGGAAACUGGCCAGUUUCUUGGUCACUGAACUUUAGAGCCAACAGGCAUAUCCUGAGAAUUCAUUGCUCGGUCCUGCACUGUCUUAAAACUCAUACAUGCAGACCUGACACUCAGAGCAGCUGUACAGAGUCCGCCUAAUCUUUACAACUCCGUAUGGCCAAUAUCCUGGUGUAUAAACCCCACCACCAUCUUACAGCUUGUCACAGCAUCUAUUCCACCUGCUGGUGUUGACACAGCACAGACACCACACCCAUCAGAUUCAUCUUAGGGCAAAUGAAAUAAAGUAUUUCCUACCUAGUGGUAAAUGUAUUCACAUACUACCAAGCCAAGAAGCAUGUUAUCUAUGGUUUUUCAGCCCAGUUCUUAUUUAAUCGUUUUAUUCCAGCCUAUUUGGAAACAUGUUCUUAUUUGCAAUGUAUGACUUGACUGAACUAAGCUACUUGUUUUGAACAACCAAAUCAUUGGAACAGGAAAGGAUUUAAGAAAAAGGAAUGCAUAAUCUCAGUGUGAUAAAAAAAAAAGCCAGUGUGAAUUAUCAUAGAAGGUGCUUUUCAAAACAACUGUUACUGUAAUCCUCAAAGUUCUAUUCUGCCAAAAGAAGAUUAAAAGUUGUUUUGUUAUAUUACAAGUAAGUAUGUGUGCAAAAAGGGGGUUGCUGAAAAUCAGCACUUGCAGAAGUUAAAAAGUGUGUCUUUGCAGAUUUCACCGUAUUAUGUGUAUUUCUUAGGAGGUGACAGACUUGUUCGCAGCUAGUGGUGACAUUUCACAUUUUCAAAAACCAAAAUGUUCAAUCUGUAUUAUU